GGAACAAGCCUCUUUGUUUGAGGUCACCAUACUGGACAUAGAAUGCAGGUUUUAUACGAACUGCAACUCCACGGGAAAAAAUCAUUUCAAACUAUGCAUUCUUGAGUGUGUCUACCGAACACCCAGAAGAUGAGUUGCUGUUCAGCUAUGGUGACUACUACCUAACAAGGCGUCACUUCUCAACUUUGAGCAAUGGCGAGUUGGAUAUAGACUUCUUGAAUAUUUGGUCUUUGCGGCUAACUUUGAAGAACACAGAACGUGCUGUUGGGAUACCAAAACGCGUAUUCUUCACCACACUGCCACAUCUGCAGCUUGAUCCAUCUGAUGAUUGGAUGAAAAGUCUCCCAGCUGAGAAAAGGAUGGAAAAUUUCAAUGAUAGAUUGAAUUAUGAAAUAUCAAGUUUUGGAAACCUGGAAAUCAGUGAUGCAGACCUUAUAUUUUUCCCAGUGCAUCGCCAUGCACACUACUUUGUUGUGUGCAUAAAUGUCAAGGAAUCCAAGGUUCAGGUGAUAGACAACAAGGAAUUGCCUGCUGGUGUUUCAGAGCUUGAUAAAUAUGGGGACUGUCCAUACAAACUGAUUGAAGCAUUCAAGGCGUACCUGGCAGCAGGACAAUCCACCUUGACUCACAAACUGAACAGCAUGCCAGUAGAGUUCCUUGCCAUGCACUGGAAAAAUGCAGAGAAUGUCACCGACUGUGGCAUAUAUGUAAUGCGGCAUAUGGAGACUUACAUGGGUGGAGCUUUCGAGAACUGGGAUCCUGGGUUCAAGAAACAUAUGCGCACGAAUGCUAGCUUCAUUUUUGAGUUGAGGGCAAAGUAUGCUGCUUGUAUCAUCACGUCAAAGCUGAACAGCGUCAAAGGCGAGGUCAUGAAAGCUGCAAAGAUUGAAGACAAGAAGAAGUAA